AUGAACAAAAUCGGUGGCGAAGAUGAAUUAUCCCACUGGGGACUGCAAGUUUUUGGAGUUCAGAAAAGUCCACCAGCUGUAGUUUUACCUGAGCUUGGUAGCUGUGCUACUUUCCAGGCUCUUGGUCAUAGCAAACAUAAUUCAUUGGUGGAAGUCGGUAAACGAGAAGAAUCCGACUUUUUGGAAGGACUCCUGGUCAAUGGUUGGUUAUCCAAGCUCAUAACAUUAAGUGGUCAUCUUGAAAUGGCUCUUGCAAAAUGGACUUUCCAUUUAUUGAUGUUUGCAUCCGAAAAGAGAUUGAGAACUUCAGCAUGCGAUCUCUGGUGCGACGUACUCUCAGGCAAAAAUGAGGGAACUUCUGCACCCAUCAAAAUAGACUGGCUCCCUACAUAUUCUGAACUGGAAAGAGCCCUUAGCAUAUAUGGAUUCGUGUUCGUCUUAUCUGACGCAGGAUCUGUUGAUAUGGAUUCCAAGCAUGCUGGCCCAUCUUUGAAUAUUCGAGCUUGGAUCAAAUUUGUGGCCGCUUCUUGUCAAGUAAGGAGUAAAUGGCCUACCGCCGACUUCAAGGCCUUUCAAUGCUUCUGUAUGAAUGUUUGUUAUCAGUAA